AUGCAGUCGCUGCUCCUCCGCGGCUUGUCAUGGUCGGCACUCGCCUGUCGUCUGAGAGCCCGAGCACCGGCGGUUGUAGCCGGCUUCGGUGGCCAUCCGGGCGGGAAAGGGUGGUACACUAAAUUCGGAGGUGGCGACCUGGAGGUAGAAUUAAAGAGACUGCCCGGGGAGGACGAAGGCAUUGUGGAGGUGCUCAUGUGCAGAAAUAAGGCCCGGAACGCUUUGGGUCAUGUGUUUGUGUCACAGAUGAGGGAGCUGGUGUCCAUGAUGGCCACGGAUUCGACAGUGCGUGUGCUUCUCUUCAGGAGUUUGGUUCCUGGGGUGUUCUGUGCAGGCGCCGACCUGAAGGAAAGGGCUGUGAUGAACAACCAGGAGUCUGAUCUGUUUGUUCACGGUCUGCGAUCCCUCAUGACCCAGAUAGCCUUGUUGCCCAUGCCAACCAUAGCGGCCAUUGAUGGUGUUGCAGUGGGAGGGGGACUGGAGUUGGCCUUGGCCUGUGAUCUGCGCACUGCUGCGUGUUCCGCACAGAUGGGCCUGAUUGAGACGACGCGAGGGCUGCUCCCGGGGGCCGGGGGCAGUCAACGGCUACCUCGUGCUGUGGGCUUGGCCCUGGCCAAGGAGCUUAUCUUCACAGGGAGAUGCGUGGGAGGGAAGGCGGCUGCCGAGAUGGGCCUGGUGAACAGAGUGGUGCAGCAGGACGGGACGGGUGAGGCGGCGUACGCGGAAGCGCUCGGCCUGGCCAGAGAGAUCCUGCCCCAGGCCCCCAUUGCUGUGCGGAUGGCUAAAGAGGCAAUGAUCAGAGGCAUGGAGGUUGACAUCACUUCAGCAAUGGCCAUAGAGAGGAUGUGCUACGCUCAGGUCAUCCCGACGCGGGACAGGCGGGAGGGUAUGGCAGCCUUCAUAGAGAAGAGACCUCCGCGAUAUAUUGGUGAAUGA